GGGGCGGGGCGCUGCCGGCGGCGGCCGCGUUCGAACGGCGGCCGAGGGGCGGUGCGGCACGAUACGGCGCGACACGGCACGAUAUGGCGGGCUCGGCGGCCCUGCUCCGCCAGUGCCCGCUGCUGCUGCCUCAGAAGCGGGACAGGACGGCCUACGAGGGCUUCGUCACCGCGCAGGGUAGAGACUUCCAUAUCCGGAUACUGCUACCAAUAGAUUGUCAACUGAAAAAUGCAAGGAUAGAGUGUAGCUGGCAACUAAAGAAGAUACUGCACGGAUAUCGGCAUAUUUUAAAGCAGAGGCUGCACAGCUGUCCAGAUCUUGUCAGUUUUAUGGUGGAGCUGAAAACUAUUUUGGAAAUUGCUUUAAAGAAUACAGAAGAGCUGCAUAUACCACGACCACCAGAAUACUACUCCUGUCUUGUCAGAGAUCUAGAAAUACUGGGUUGGAAUAAAGUUGCAUAUGUGGAUACUAGUCUUACCACAAUCAAGCUAAAAGCUGAAGACUCAUGUGGUCGACAACAUCUGAUCACUCUGAAGUUAAAUGCAAAGUAUCCAACAGAACCACCAGAUUGCCUUGUGGAUUUUCCUGUUCAGUUUGCUAUUUCCUGGAUGCCACAGAACUCCUUAAUAGACAUCCAUAAUCAGUUCCUGGCAGCAUUAGAAUCACUGAAAGAAUUCUGGGAUGCCAUGGAUGAAAUUGACGGGAAGACAUGGGUGCUUGAGCCAGAAAAUCCCACACGGAGUGCUACAAUAAGAAGAAUCGCAAUAGGGAACAACGUUUCAGUGACCAUAGAGGUAGAUCCCAGGCAUCCAAACAUGCUCCCUGAGUGUUAUUUUCUUGGAGCAGAUCACGUGGUUAACCCUUUGAGAACUAAGCUGAACAACAACAUGCACUUGUGGGACCCCAAAAUCAGUUUAUUACAAAACUUGAAAGAUGUCUUAGAAAUUGAUUUUCCAUCUCAUGCUGUGCUAGAAGAAAGCGAUUUUACUAAGGACUGUGGAAUCUGUUAUGCCUAUCGACUUGAUGGCACUACCCCAGAUCAAGUAUGUGAUGAUGCCCGAUGCGGACAACCUUUUCAUCAGGCUUGCCUGUAUGAGUGGCUACAAGGUCUUCCUUCGAGCAGACAGAGUUUUAAUGUCAUCUUUGGUGAAUGUCCAUAUUGUAACAAGCCCCUGACACUGAAAUCUUCCAUGAAGAAACUUUGAGAAAAACAGCAUGAUGGGAACACUGCUGCACUUAAACAGAAGACAAUGAAACAGUGACAUCAAGUAAAAGACAAAGAAAGCAAUAUUAGAAACAGAAGUGCAAGUAUAGCUAU